AUGGACAACGACACUAAAGCAUCUCUUUACCACUCUAAGCCCUACAUGGCGGCUGCGAGCGCCAUGACAACCUUCAAGCCGAUAAACGCAAUCCACCAGCAUCUCUGUGCAUUCCACGAGUACUCGCAAGACCGUACAAGACACCUCGAAGCACAUCAUUACUGCACGCAUCUCACCCAUGAAUUCCACCAAUGCAUCAUCUACGACUCCGACCAGCCAAACGCUAAGCUCAUCGGCAUCGAAUAUAUUGUCUCGGAGAAGAUCUUCGAUUCCUUACCUGCCGAAGAGAAACGAUACUGGCACUCCCACAAAUACGAAGUGGAGAGCGGGUAUCUGCAGAUGCAGGCCAAUAGCCUUGUUCCAGGCGCAUGGUUUUAUUCAGGCGCCGUGACCGAUAUCGCAGAACAGCCCGCGAUCCUCGAGAUCCACAAGACAUACGGCAAGACCAUCCAUACUUGGCCGGUUGACAUCUCGCCAGAUCUUCCACUCGGCCCACCCAACCUUAUGGUCUCAUACACGGGCGAGGGACAAGGUCCUCCUCCGGAGAUGAUCAAAGCGCGCGACGAGAAGUGUGGAAUGGACACGCAGGCAAAGAGAAAGCUGCGCGCAAGCUACCUGCCAGAGUAUGAGGUGCGAGCGGAGGCAGACCAAUGGGAAAAGACCGGUAAGGGCAUUGUGUUCGAGGCGAAGGAGGUCCCCUUCAAGCCUUACGAUGGGCCGGGUAGUACGCAGGUUUGA